CUUUAUGCACAAUAUCACACUUCUUUCUUUUCUUCUCUCUAGCCUUCUCCGUUUCCAUUUCCAUGCUCUCACCCUUGAUAACCUCCCUUCGGUGGUGGUUCUAGUAAAUCAAACUGCUCCAAAAAAUAAUCAAAUGCGGCUCCAUCUUCCUCCCUCGCUCCAUAAUCAAGCUUACGAUAUCUAAUGCAAUUAUGUUGGUUUUUAAUUCCAAUUAAAGUUAAUAGAUUAAAAUAUGAAUAUCUAGUGUGAAGUGAUGUGAAAAUUCUGAGUCAAACUUUACAUAUGGAUCUAUGUUGUUAAGCCCCUUUUAUGGUUCACUUUUGUAAAUUAGAUCAGGUGGGUUGCUUUUAAUCUAACGGUGAAAUUGAGUGGUCCACGGGUGAGGGACUUGUUAGAACCCUCACCCUAGAAUCCACCCUGUAAAUUGUUUUCUCAAAUUUCAUAAAUUUGUUUUCUCAGUGAACGAAAGCGCCAUCGAACAUCUUCUCCACCAACGAACACCACCGCUCCAUCUUCUCCACCACCGCUGUUCUGAAAUUUAAUCAUCGCAACACCUCACGUCGCCCACCGUAUGGUCGAAGAUAACCGUGUUCGUCUCCGAUUUGUAGUUAGUUGUGUUUGUAAUUUCAGACCCUUGAGUUAAUAUUUUGGAUAUGGUCACAAGCUUUUCAAUCAAGGAGCAUUUCAUUCGAGGAAAUAGGACAAGCUCUUAGAUCAUACAAGUGUUACACAUCUCUUUCCUGUUACCAAGUACCUUGGUUUACUGGCCACUGUCAUAUCACAGUUUUCUACAAUGGGUAAGAAAAAGUCAGAGGAUGCAGGUCCAUCUACAAAGGCUAAACCAGGUAGCAAAGAUGUUUCUAAGAAGGAAAAAUUUUCUGUCUCUGCCAUGUUGGCAGGUAUGGAUGAAAAAGCUGAUAAGCCUAAAAAGGCAUCUUCGAAUAAGGCGAAGCCAAAACCUGCCCCGAAAGCUUCUGCAUACACUGAUGAUAUUGAUCUUCCUCCCUCUGAUGAUGAUGAGUCUGAAGAGGAGCAAGAGGAAAAGCAUAGGCCAGAUUUGAAGCCACUUGAGGUGUCUAUUGCUGAAAAAGAGUUGAAAAAGCGAGAAAAGAAAGAUAUUUUAGCUGCCCAUGUGGCUGAACAGGCAAAGAAGGAAGCUCUUAGGGAUGAUCGUGAUGCUUUCACUGUUGUAAUUGGAAGUCGGGCUUCAGUGCUUGAUGGAGACGAUGGUGCUGAUGCUAAUGUCAAAGAUAUAACGAUAGAAAAUUUUUCUGUGGCUGCUCGGGGUAAAGAACUUCUGAAGAAUACUUCAGUGAAGAUAUCCCAUGGAAAACGUUAUGGUUUGAUUGGGCCGAAUGGAAUGGGCAAGUCAACGCUUUUGAAGCUUCUUGCUUGGAGGAAGAUACCGGUACCUAAGAAUAUUGAUGUCCUUCUGGUUGAGCAGGAGGUAGUUGGUGAUGAUAAAACAGCGCUUGAAGCUGUUGUUUCAGCUAAUGUUGAACUUAUUAAAGUUCGACAAAAAGUUGCUGAUCUACAAAAUAUAGCUUCUGGUGAAGAAGGCAUGGAUAAAGAUGAUACUAAUGAGGAAGAGGAUGCGGGAGAAAAGCUAGCAGAGCUGUAUGAACAAUUACAACUGAUGGGGUCUGAUGCUGCUGAAUCUCAAGCGUCAAAGAUUUUAGCUGGUCUGGGUUUUACAAAGGACAUGCAGGGCCGUCCUACAAAAUCCUUUAGUGGCGGCUGGAGGAUGAGAAUUUCUUUAGCUCGAGCACUUUUUGUGCAGCCCACUCUAUUAUUGCUUGAUGAACCCACUAAUCAUCUUGACUUGAGGGCUGUUCUGUGGCUAGAAGAGUACUUGUGUCGUUGGAAGAAAACUUUGGUGGUUGUAUCACACGAUAGAGAUUUUCUCAAUACAGUGUGCUCUGAGAUUAUUCACCUGCAUGAUUUGAAACUUCAUUUCUAUCGUGGAAAUUUUGAUGCUUUUGAGAGUGGGUAUGAACAGCGUCGUAGAGAAGCGAAUAAGAAGUAUGAGAUUUUUGACAAGCAAUUGAAAGCAGCUAGAAGAACCGGGAACAAGGCUCAACAAGAUAAGGUGAAGGACCGAGCUAAGUUCGCAGCAGCUAAGGAAUCGAAAAGCAAAAGCAAGGGAAAGGUUGAUGAGGAUGAGACCCAAGUAGAGGUACCACACAAGUGGAGGGACUACAGCGUGGAGUUCCACUUUCCUGAACCUACUGAACUCACACCUCCACUUCUGCAGCUUAUUGAAGUGAGCUUCAGUUACCCAAACCGAGAGGAUUUUAGGCUCUCAGAUGUUGAUGUUGGCAUUGAUAUGGGGACUCGUGUUGCCAUCGUUGGGCCUAAUGGUGCUGGAAAAUCUACACUGCUGAAUCUUCUAGCUGGUGAUUUGGUUCCAAGUGAAGGUGAAGUUCGAAGAAGCCAGAAGUUGAGGAUAGGGAGAUAUUCCCAACACUUUGUGGACCUACUAACAAUGGAUGAAACACCUGUUCAGUACCUUCUUCGUCUCCAUCCAGACCAGGAGGGGCUUAGUAAGCAAGAGGCUGUUCGUGCAAAACUUGGUAAAUAUGGGCUACCUAGUCAUAACCAUCUUACCCCCAUUGUCAAACUAUCAGGAGGGCAGAAAGCUCGGGUGGUAUUCACAUCGAUAUCCAUGUCAAGACCUCACAUUUUAUUGUUAGAUGAACCUACAAAUCAUCUGGAUAUGCAAAGUAUUGAUGCAUUGGCUGAUGCGCUGGAUGAAUUCACUGGUGGAGUUGUUCUUGUUAGUCAUGAUUCUAGAUUGAUAUCACGUGUCUGUGAUGAUGAAGAACGGAGUCAAAUAUGGGUUGUUGAAGAUGGCACCGUCAGAAAUUUCCCUGGAACAUUUGAGGAUUACAAGGAAGAUCUGCUGAAAGAGAUUAAAGCUGAAGUUGAUGAUUGAGCUUCUUGUGAGAACAAUUUUCAAAUGUGUUUCUUUGUUAUGUUAUACACCUGUCCCGCCUGUAUUUUACUGCUGAAGAUUUGUCUGCCCGCAGAUGCCGGAUUUUGCCUCUCUUCUCUCUGCCCUUCAUCUUCCACUGCACAACUGAGUGUGAUUAAUAUGUUGCGGGAAAUGUCAUCUAGGCUUUUUGUGAGAGAGAAAUAUGUGGUUUAGCUUUUAGGACUAUCAUAAACAUUUGUAUUGUUUCAAAAAGUGUUGAUAUUGUUUCCAUUCAACCAAACUGCCUAAUAAUUACGUCUUUUGAUUCAAAUUUUGAAUUGCUAUACACUUCCAUUUUGUAAUUUGUAUCUUCUAAUUUCAUAUCAAGUUGCUGUACUCAGUUGCAUAUUUUUGAAUGGAUGGAUACCCUUACAAAGUUCUUCAA